UGUCUUCGCUCUUCCAAAUCAACACCAAGGGCCAAAUUUGCAACUUUUGAUAAUCUCUCUCUCACUUUACUGGUCUUCUCAGGAAAAGGAAAGAAAUGGAGGGUCUUAUUCCUUUUGUUUAUAGAGCCAUCAUGCAAUACAAGAAUGGAAAUGAAGGUUCCUUCGGGUCAUGGUUGAGUGAGUCACCAUCGGCUUCGUACAUGAGACUUCCAGGUGAUUCAGGUCGGUUUCAGACUUCUGAUAUGCAUUUGUUUCAACCUGAUUGUGGCUUCUCAACAUCAGCUCCUGCUUCUACUACCACACAAAUUAUCAUAUCAACCGGAGUUCAAUCUCCCGUUUGUCGCCUCACUUCUCGUCGAGUUGCUGCAUGAUCUUAGUUAAAAACAAAAAAAAAAAAAAAUGGUUUAUGGAGUUGCAAGUGCCAUGCUUGAAGAAAGCUGAAGGCGUGGAACUUGUUACAUAUGGUGAUGAAUUGUGGUAAUUGUGUUUAGAAUAUGAAAUGAUAUUCUAUUUUAUGAUAGUUUUUUCUUUUUCUUUUAUGGAUGGUGCUUAUAGGAAAUAAGCAUGUGGAAAACCAAAGGGGCCAUAUGCUCUGUGUCAUAGCAACUGUGUUGCUGCCUUGCUGGUGUAAAACCUGAAGGUAUUAUAGAAGAAUUAGGCGUUUGGAAAAACCAAAGGGACCAAACGCUUAAUUUGUGUUGUUGAAUUGUGAAGGUUCUAAUAUCACGAAGGUUAGAUCUGUGAUAUAUUGUAUAAAUUUGUGAUCUCCAGAACAAUGUCUAUGUAACUAUGUUUCAUGGCCGAAGGGCCUUGUUUAAUGUAUAUUACUCUUUGCCUCUGUAUCGUUCUGGGCUCUUGAUUCGAACAGAAGUGUGUGGAAAACAAGAAAAGUUAGCCAA